AAGAAAAAAAAAAAAGCAAUUCCUUUUGGAAAAAGCUGUAGGCUCUUUGAAAUCUUUGCAACAUCAACAACAAAUUCUCAUCAUAUUCACCACUUCCUCUCUCUCUCUUUCUUUCCCUCACAGUUCUCUCUAUUGCUUACUUCACUCUUUCUCCCAAGUGUCUGCUCCUCAAAUCUUGUUUCUUCAAUGGAAAACAGAGUCCAGCUUUUCCAUAAUCUUGUACUUGCAUUUCUUCUCUUUACUGUAAUAGCUUCACUCUCUGUAGCCGAACAAGGCGUUGGUACUUCGAUUAAGACCGAUGCUGCAGGCUUGCUUAUGUUCAAGAAGAUGAUUCAGAAGGACCCAAAUGGAGUUUUGUCUGGAUGGCAGCUUGAUAGGAGUCCCUGUGCCUGGUAUGGAGUUGCUUGCUCUCAGGGAAGAGUCACUCAGCUUGAUCUCAACGGGGCUAAUCUUGUUGGGGUUAUAGCUUUUGAUCCUUUAGCUUCUCUCGAUAUGUUAUAUGCUCUGAAAUUGUCUUCAAAUCUUUUUACUGUAAAUUCAACUUCUUUGCUUCGUCUCCCUUAUGCACUGCAAUUUCUUGAAUUAUCUUCUGCUGGACUUGUAGGUGUGGUUCCUGACAAAUUUUUCUCCCAGAACCCGAAUCUUGUUUAUGUGAAUCUUUCUCAUAAUAAUUUAACAGGUUUCUUGCCUGGUGAUCUCUUGUCCAAUUCUGAAAAACUACAGUCCCUUGACCUUUCUUAUAACAACUUUACGGGCUCAAUUUCCGGUUUGAAAAUUGAAAAAUCUUGCAACUCCUUGUUGCAGCUUGAUCUGUCUGGAAACCAUUUAGUGGAUUCAAUUCCUCCCUCUCUUUCAAAUUGCACAAAUCUGAAGACUUUGAAUUUUUCCUUCAAUAUGCUUACAGGAGAGAUCCCAAGAUCUUUUGGUGAACUCAGUGGCUUACAAAGAUUGGAUCUCUCCCAUAACCAUCUCACUGGGUGGAUCCCUUCUGAGUUGGCAAAUGCAUGCAGUUCACUUCUAGAGUUGAAAAUUUCUUUCAACAACUUUUCAGGCUCUAUCCCUGUCUCCUUCUCUUCGUGUUCUUUGCUGCAAUUUCUUGAUUUGUCCAACAAUAAUAUCUCAGGUCCUUUUCCAGAUUCUAUUCUUCAAGGCCUUAAUUCAUUGGAAAGAUUGUUGUUAAGCUUCAACCUCAUUUCUGGAUCGUUUCCGGCUUCCAUUUCAUACUGCAAAAAUUUGAGAAUUGUGGAUUUUAGUUCCAAUAAAUUUUCCGGUAUCAUCCCACCUGAUAUAUGUCCAGGCGCAGCUUCUCUUGAGGAGCUGAGAAUGCCAGAUAAUCUCAUCACUGGAGAAAUCCCUGCUCAAUUAUCGCAGUGUUCCAAGCUAAAAGCGCUUGAUUUUAGCAUAAACUACCUGAAUGGUUCGAUCCCACCUGAGCUUGGGAAUCUUGAGAAUCUUGAGCAGCUUAUAGCCUGGUUUAAUGGCUUGGAAGGGAGAAUUCCACCAGAAUUGGGGAAGUGCAGAAACUUGAAAGAUCUCAUUCUCAAUAACAAUCACCUUAGUGGUGAAAUUCCAGUUGAAUUAUUCAGUUGCAGUAAUCUUGAAUGGAUAUCUCUCACAAGCAAUCGGAUCACAGGCAAAAUCCCACAGGAAUUUGGACUUCUCUCACGGUUAGCUGUUCUGCAGCUUGGAAAUAACACCUUGAGUGGAGAGAUACCAACAGAGCUUGGAAACUGCAGCAGCUUGGUUUGGUUAGACCUAGGCAGCAAUAGGCUCACUGGGGAAAUCCCGCCUCGACUCGGCCGGCAGCUUGGAGGAAAAGCAUUGAGUGGAAUCCCAUCUGGGAACACUCUGGUGUUUGUAAGAAAUGUGGGCAAUUCCUGUCAAGGAGUCGGAGGUUUACUGGAAUUUGCAGGUAUCAGACCAGAAAGAUUUAUGCAGGUUCCAACACUGAAGACUUGUGAUUUCGCAAGAUUGUAUACAGGACCAGUGCUAAGCCUUUUUACACAAUACCAAACAUUGGAGUAUUUAGAUCUUUCUUACAACGAGCUUCGAGGGAAGAUCCCAGAUGAAAUGGGAGAAAUGAUGGCCUUGCAAGUUCUUGUGUUAUCACACAAUCAACUAUCAGGAGAGAUUCCUACAUCACUUGGUCAGCUCAAGAAUUUGGGAGUGUUUGAUGCAUCACAUAACAGAUUGCAAGGCGAAAUCCCAGAUUCAUUCUCAAACUUGUCUUUCUUGGUCCAAAUUGAUCUGUCUUACAAUGAAUUAACAGGGGAAAUUCCACAGAGAGGGCAGCUUAGUACUCUUCCGGCGACACAGUAUUCACAUAAUCCUGGACUUUGUGGGGUCCCACUACCUGACUGCCACGGUGGGAAUGGUCUAGCGACAUCAACUCCAGCCAUAGAUGGUGGCAGAGGAGGGCAGAAGCCUGCAGCAGCAGCAUCAGCUAAUAGAAUUGUUUUAGGAAUCCUCAUUUCGGUUGCUUCUCUAUGCAUUUUGAUUGUGUGGGCAGUAGCAAUGCGUGUGAAGCAUAAGGAAGCAAAAGAAGUGAAGAUGCUUAACAGCUUACAGGCAUCCUAUGCAGCCACAACAUGGAAGAUUGACAAAGAGAAGGAGCCGCUGAGCAUAAACGUAGCUACUUUUCAGAGACAGCUAAGGAAGCUCAAAUUCUCCCAACUCAUUGAGGCCACCAAUGGCUUCUCUCAAGCAAGUCUCAUUGGCUAUGGUGGGUUUGGCGAGGUAUUCAAGGCCACAUUGAAGGAUGGAUCCAGUGUUGCAAUCAAGAAGCUCAUAAGAUUGAGCUGCCAAGGAGAUAGAGAAUUCAUGGCCGAAAUGGAAACUCUAGGGAAGAUAAAGCACAGAAACCUUGUCCCUCUUCUUGGUUACUGCAAAGUUGGUGAAGAGCGACUGCUUGUGUAUGAAUUCAUGGAAUAUGGAAGUCUGGAUGAGACGCUCCAUGGGAAACUAAGGACACGAGACAGGAGAAUUCUAACAUGGGAUGAGAGGAAAAAGAUUGCAAGAGGAGCAGCCAAGGGACUCUGUUUUUUACACCACAACUGCAUCCCACACAUAAUUCACCGAGACAUGAAAUCAAGCAAUGUACUUCUGGACCAUGAAUUGGAAGCAAGAGUUUCAGAUUUUGGCAUGGCGAGGCUCAUAAACGCACUAGACACCCAUCUGAGUGUAAGCACACUGGCUGGAACCCCUGGCUAUGUCCCUCCUGAGUACUACCAAAGCUUCAGGUGCACAGCCAAAGGAGAUGUGUAUUCAUUUGGGGUUGUUCUAUUGGAAAUCCUGACAGGAAAACGCCCAACAGACAGGGAGGAUUUUGGAGACUCUAAUUUGGUGGGUUGGGUGAAAAUGAAGGUAAGUGAAGGGAAACAAAUGGAAGUGAUAGACUCUGAAUUGCUCUCUGUCACUAAAGGAACUGAUGAAGCUGAAGCAGAAGAAGUUAAAGAAAUGGUCAGGUACUUGGAGAUAUCAUUGCAGUGUGUGGAUGAUUUUCCUUCCAAGAGGCCAAAUAUGUUGCAAGUUGUGGCCUUGUUGAGAGAGCUGAUGCCUGGAUCAGCCAAUGGAAGCAGCAAUAGUGGUUGAAAAAUGGGUAUUUAUUGCCUGUUAAUUGCUCAUGAUUAGUGUGAGAAGAUAAGUUUUCCAAGAUUUUCAAGCCAAGUUUUCAAGAGCUCUUCUGUAUCUAAUUUGCAAAUUUUCUUUUUCAUUUUUGCUUUGUGGAUUAGUGCCUAACAGUGAAUCAAGCAAUUCAGAACUGUAGCUGUGAACCAUAAAAGACGUUUUUGGAGAAAAUCAAGGCUACCAUUUCAAUAGCAGUAGGCUACAUAAACUGGCUCUUUCCAUGGAACAUCAGCACUGUUUUAUAAUUUUUUUCUGAAAUGUACAUCCGAGUAUUUUGAUUAUUCUCUUGUAUAUUUCUUAAUCCACAAUUCCUAUAUUUUUUUGUUA